AUGGCGAUCAUCACCAACCAGGACGACGAUGCCAACAAGAAGAUCAAGAGUUCGGACCGGCGCAAGCGUGCCGCGGCGGCGAAGCGCAUGAAGAACGCCGAACCGGGCGGGUGGAAGAGCCUCAGCGUCGAGGACCGGCAGUUCCUCGCGGAGGUGUUCAAGACGUACGACAAGGACGGUACCGGGACCUUGGGCGAGAACCAGCUGGCGCCCCUGCUCAAGGCGCUCGCGGGCGGGGUGGAGCCCACGCCGGAGGAGGUGCAGGAGGUGAUGGACACGGCGGAUAACGACAAGAGCGGCGCGGUAUCCAUCGACGAGCUCAAGGACGUGAUCCGGGUCUGGUACGUCAUGUGCAAGAAGAAGGACAAGAAGAGCUCGGGUUGCGUCGUCAUGUGA